AUGAAACAGAUAAAAUUUUGCAACAUAAAGUGUACAAAAAAACUGUACACUCGAGAUGUCGAUUUGAAAGAGAAAAUUUCAGCAAUUACUGUCAGAGAAAUUAUGCGUGCUAAAAGAAGAUUGCGUGGCUGUGCUUCAGAAGUCUUGGGAAAGCCUCAGAAGAAGCACCAGGACUGGUUUGACGACUCAGAUCCAGAGAUCAGAAAGCUAAUUAAUGAUUUCAGAACCUCUCUUCGCACCCCUGAUGAUAACAAGCGUAGAGCAGCGCAUUACAAUCUGAAAGUGAAGAGUGACAUCCUGUCUCGGUGGGCGGAACAUUUUAAUGACGUUCUUAAUCCCGACCAUCAGACAACCGAUAUUCCAUACAUAGAAGCACUUGAAGACCUGCCAGUUGAGGAACAACUUGCGGAUGCCCCUUCCUACAGUGAAUUCAUUUCAGCACUGGCUAAGCUGAAAAAUGACAAAACAACUUACAUAAACCUGCAAAAUGCCUCCUACAGAAGAUUUGGCUUAGCCAUUAGCAUCACUAAGACGCAAGUUCUUAAACAACCACUUAGAGGUCUUAAUGCAGAUGACUCUAGUAUUGAGAUAAAUAACAAACACUUGCAAAAUGUGUCAAAGUUCAAAUACCUGGGAAGCCAAAUUAGAAGUGACAACAGCCUGACAUCGGAAAUCGCAGCGCGUAUAGCCAGCGCAGCCUCAGCCUUCGGUAAGCUUAAUGACCGAGUAUGGAAAUCACAUGAUCUCAAACUACAAACAAAAAUUGCAGUCUACAAAGCAUUAGUAUUAUCUACCUUACUCUAUGCCUCGGAAACCUGGUGCUGUUACAAAGCUGACAUUAAGAAGCUAGAUAAAUUUCAUCUUCGAUGUCUGAGAUCAAUUCUGCGCAUCAAAUGGGAAGACCGUGUCCCAAACACGGAGAUUUUGCGCCGCGUGAAACUGGCUGGUAUUGAAGCUUUAAUAAUUAAACAUCAACUGAGAUGGAGUGGUCACAUAGUACGCAUGGAUGACAGUAGGCUACCUAAAGCGGUGUUCUACUCGCAGCUCUCGUGCGGGAAGAGGAGGAAAGGUGGUCAACACCUGCGAUAUAAAGACACCAUUAAACGCCACCUUACAGCCUGUGGCAUCCCAAGCAACCGUUGGGAGGAGCUAGCAUUGCGCCGAUCGGAGUGGCGAUCAACUGUACAUAAGAGCAUCGAACAAUUCGAGCAAAAGCGUGUAAUGGACCUGGAUGCUAAAAGAGAGCUCCGAAAAUCUCAGCUCAAGCCUGUCUACACGUAUACUUACAACUCUGCUGGUCAACUUCACUGUGCUCCAUGCAACAGGAUAUUCAAAGCGAAAUUCGGAUUCGCGAGCCACAUCCGAGCCUACCACAACAAGGACAGAGAAGACUGA